AAAAGGAGGAACUUGAGAGCUAACUAUUGUCUUGGUUAAGAAGUCUGUUUUGAACCAGUUGUAAAAUGUCUCUGUCCUUUUCUUUGGAGGAGAAUUAUUCUCUUUUGCCACUCAAUGAUUCAUUUGUACCAAAUGAGUUAGGUUCACCUUCACGUCAUGGACGUGUGAAAGGUUACGACGAAGAGUUUGAUCCGCCAUUGGAAAGCAAGUACAAAUGUACUAUUUGUCAUCUUGGUCUUCGAAAUCCUGUGCAGACGUUCUGCGGCCACAGAUUCUGUAGAGAAUGCAUUUUACACUCAAUGAGGGAUAGCCAUGGUGACUCACUUUGCCCUUUGGAUAGAACACCUUUGUCAGAAUCACAAUUUUACCCAGACAAAUUUGUGGAGCGCGAAAUUUUGGAAUUUGAAGUAUUAUGUCAAGCCAAGAAACAAUCUGGGUGUCUAUGGAAAGGUCCCCUUUCAACAUUAGAGGAUCACUUAAGUGGAUGCCAAUUUGUUGUUGUGAACUGUAAACACAACUGUGGCAAACAGCUACAAAGGAGAGACAUCCACCAACACAUGGAAGCUGAGUGCUUGUACAGGAAAACUCCAUGCGAACAUUGUGAGGAUCCAGUUUUAUGGAACGAAGUUGAGGCAAGCCUCUAAGUUAUAAAAGUGACCCAAAGAAAAAAUUAACUUUUCUUGUCAAGUACUUUAAUUAUAAUAAUGAACUUCACUAUGUGAAAUUG